UUAGCAAAUCCAGAAAUACAGUAUUAAAGUUGAGAGGAAAGUCUUCACAGGGGAAGAAGGAAUCACUUUUCUGUCCUGAAUCAGUGGGUAGAAAACGAACCUUUCAGCAAGAAAAGAAGCAACCAGAACACACUUAGGCAAAUGGAUAACCGGCUCCCUCCCAGGAAAGUUCCAAAUUUUUGUUCCAUUCGCUAUGGACUCGCACUCUUCCUGCAGUUCUCUAACGUUGUAAUAAUAUCACAGCGUGCGUGUAUAAACCUCACAAUGAUAGCAAUGGUGAACAGCACAGAACCACAUGGUUUAUCCAACACCUCCACAAAGGAGCUCCAGGAUAACAUAAAGAACCCUGUGUAUAACUGGAGCCCUGAAAUACAGGGGAUCAUCUUAAGUUCCAUCUUCUAUGGUGUACUCAUCGCCCAAAUUCCUGCUGGAUAUUUAUCUGGAAUAUACUCCAUAAAGAAAAUGACUGGCUUUGCAUUAUUCUUCAGCUCUCUGUUUACUCUGCUCAUCCCACUGGCAGCUGAAUUUGGAGAAAUUUGGGUCAUUGUGUGCCGAGUACUCCAGGGAAUAUCUCAGGGGAUAGCAUUUACAACUCAGCAAAUAAUAUGGGUCAAGUGGGCUCCUCCUUUGGAACAAGGCCGACUCACCACUCUGAGUAUAUCAGGACUCCUGCUAGGACCUUCUGUUGUCAUGCCCUUGACUGGAUUCAUCUCUGACUCCCUGGGAUGGCCCAUAGUCUUUUAUAUUUUUGGUGCUUGUGGCUGUGCCUUAACUCUUUUCUGGUUCAUUCUGUUUUAUGAGGACCCAAAUGACCACCCAUGUAUAAGCAUUAGUGAGAAGGAAUACAUCACGUCCUCCCUUGCCCACCAGGACAGACCAAGUACAUCAUCUCUGCCCAUCAAGGCUAUGCUUAAGUGUCUUCCACUCUGGGUCAUUUCCCUCUGUAAUUUUGCCAUAUUCUGGGCAAGUAGCAUCCUGAAUUUGUAUACACCAAUGUUUAUCAACUACAAGUUCCAUGUUAAUGUAAGAGAGAAUGGGCUGCUGUCUUCCCUCCCCAACUUGUUUGCCUGGAUUUUUAGUAUCCUAGCAGGUCAUAUGUCAGAUACCCUCCAGUCCAGGAAUAUUUUCAGCUUACUCACCAUCCGGAAACUCUUCACUUCGCUAGGACUUCUCCUGCCUGCCCUCUUCAGCCUAUGCCUGCUUUACCCGGGUUCCAGCUUCUAUAGCAUUAUCAUUUUCCUAAUACUUGCUGGUGCAUCAGGAAGCUUUGCUUUGAGUGGAAUAUUAAUAAAUGCCUUGGAUAUCGCUCCCAGAUACUAUGGAUUUCUUAAAGGAGUUACAAAUUUACUUGGAAUGACAGGAGCACUAAUUUCUACCACUGUGACUGGAAUGAUUCUUAGUCAGGAUUCAGAAUCUUCCUGGCUUAAAAUCUUCUUGCUGAUGUCAUCCCUUAAUGUGAUAAGCCUAAUUUUCUACAUUAUAUUUGCUAAAGCAGAAAUUCAGGACUGGGCUAAAGAAAGACAAACCACAUAUCUCUGAAGAUUUCUUGGCCCCCAGUUCCAUGACUCUGGUGAUAAGACUGUCUUCCUUCCUUCUGGUACAAGGGAGGGCAUCUUCCACAUGGGAGUUCUGUGACCAGGGACAGAGGUCAGUGGGGCCUUCCUGCUUCUGCUGUUUUUCAAAAACUUUGGCUUAAGAUCUCUAAUAUUCCAAAGUGCCAUAUUUAGGGGUAGCGUGUCCUGAACGCCACAACUCUACAUACUUCCACAGCCUCCUCACAAUGAAUUUAUGAAGGCUUCCCUUAUUCUCUGUACUCUGGUCAUAACUGAUUGCUCCCUCUUGCCACCAAACCUUUGUUUAUUCUGUACCCUCUUCUUAGAAUGUUCUUUUCAUCCAUUUCCUGCAUUAGUUAACUAUCACCCUUCAGAUUUCAGCUUAUUGAAACUUCAUAGUCGGGGCCCUCCAUCACCCUCAGACUCGUGCAUAUGCCCUUAUCAUUCACAUUCAUAGCCUGGUGUCCUCAUUAUUUCAUUCCAUAG